AUGGCGACCAAAUUGUGCAGGAGCCGAGCUUUGGCUACGGCUCUGAGGCCAGCCAAGCCCUCCAUGCAGACUCGGAACGAAGCUGCUGCGCGAUGCUUUUCCGUCACAACCCGGCAGAACGUAGCCCUUCCCAAGGAGGCUCAGAACAUGCGAAAGGCACCUCGGCCGGAGCAAGGCACCCUGAAAGCUCCCCUGAUCAAUCCGGCAGACAAAUACCAGGCCAAGGCCGACGAUAUGCAUCGUUACGGCUCGUGGCUCAUGGGCUGCCUACCGAAGUACAUCCAGCAGUUCUCCGUCUGGAAGGACGAAUUGACAAUCUAUAUCUGCCCAUCUGGCGUCAUCCCAGUAUUCACCUUCUUGAAGUACAACACCGCGGCCGAGUUCACCCAAGUCAGCGAUAUUACAGCUGUCGAUUUCCCCACCCGAGACCAGCGAUUUGAGGUCGUGUAUAACCUGCUGAGUGUCCGACACAACUCUAGAAUUAGAGUCAAGACCUACGCCGACGAGGCAUCUCCUGUUCCAAGCAUUACUGGCCUCUUUGAUGGCGCGAAUUGGUACGAGCGGGAGGCCUACGAUCUGUUUGGUGUGUUCUUUGUCGGCCACCCCGAUCUUCGCCGUAUCAUGACCGAUUACGGCUUUGAGGGCCAUCCGCUACGAAAAGAUUUCCCCUUGACGGGAUACACGGAGAUUCGAUACGACGAGGAGAAGAAGCGCAUUGUCACUGAGCCAUUGGAACUGACGCAGGCUUUCAGAAACUUCGAGGGAGGAUCAAGCGCAUGGGAACAGGUUGGACCCGGUCUCGACAGAAAGCCAGAUACCUUCAAGCUGCCGACACCCAAGCCAGAGGAGAAGAAGGAAGAACCAAAGAAAUAG